AAACCUUUGGACUCAUAACCAGCCUCAGAUACGCUUGCCUUUCACCAUACCUCUAAUACUUAUCCCCUCGAAAUGACAAAUCGAGCCAAGCCUUUUGAUCCGUCACUCCCCGUCACAUCGUUGCACUUUGAUCCUGCAGACUUCAAGCAGGAAGUCAAGGAAAUUUUCUCGGCAAGUCGUCUGCGUGAGGAGCAGGACGCUUUCUGCUCGGUAGAAAAUCUGUUUUUAAAAGAAAGGAAACGAUGACAGCGGAGCAGAGCUGACACCGACAGAAAGUGGGUUGUUGACAGGAAACUCAUCUUGCAGCCUACAUUCAAUCCAGGAGGUCGGAGUGACUCUGAAGGAUUCUUUUUCAAUCUGAAGUUUUAACUCUUCUUAAAAGGACAGACGUAGUUUGAAGAUGUUUGGAAACAACGCACCUUUCUCGUAUGCCCCGAGGGGUUUCUCACCGGAGGACCUCCCUCAGCAGAGGAGAGCUUUCUAUCAAGAUGACCAGAAGGCUGCUCCGCUGCAGAGAAACAACAUGUCCAGACCCAGUGGGAAAUCAAUAUACAUGCGGAGGAAGGACUACUCCGAGGAGCUGAACAGAAGCCCGGACAACUUCCACGUCAGAGUGGAGCACCUGUUCACCUGCGAACUGGACGGCCAGGAGGUGAAGACGCUGGACGACUGCUUGGCCAAGCUCAAGAGGCUGGACGCCAAAGGUCGUCUGUGGCCUCAGGAGAUGAUAAUGGAGGUUCAGGGUGGAUAUCUGCUGCUCAGCGACAUCGAGACCAAGUCGGAGCUGGAGUCGCUGCCUUUGAGCUGCAUCCUGCAAACCAAAGCUGUGCUGGACAGCUGCGCCUACAACUCUCUGCUGGCCGUCACCGUGAAGGAACGCAGCAAACGCGUCCAACAGGUGUUCUUGUUCCAGUGUGAGGAGAGCGGGGCGAAGCUCGUCAAGAGUGAUCUGGAUAAGGCCGUCCAAAGAGGAGGAGGAGAUGUUGUGGAGCCACGCAAAGACCAGUCUGACAUCAGGAGUAAUCUCGAGAACCUCAUCGGGCAACAUGCUCCAGGAAGUUUCCGGCACGCUGGUCCUCGUCCUGUGCAGCCGGAGAGGAUGCCACCACCGCCGGACAACCCGCCACCACAGUGGAGGAACAGAGAACCAGAAAAUAUGCCGCCUCAGCGGGUCUACCCACAAGAAGCGAUGACACAGCAUCCUGAUCUUCAUGAACUACAGAUCAGCCCAGAGGUCGCUGAGCAGACAGACACGGAGAGGAACACGGACAUUUUAAACCACGUUAUCAAUGAUUUGGAGAUCUUCAUGGGCAAAGUGUCUGCAGCAGCAAACGCAUCUUCUUUACCGCCAGAGGACAAGAAGAAAAAAAACGCCUUUAAGAAGAAUAAAUCUAAGAAGAAUGCACCAGCUGUCAGUCUGCCUCCCUGGGAGGAAUACACUGCCUGUCUUCAGAAAAUCAAAUAUGGAUUCAAUCUGCUGGGCCAGCUGGAAGGCGCUGUGAUGAGCCCCACUCCCCCCGACUUUGUCCACAUCUUCUUCACCAGUUUAGGCGCGAUCCUGCCUCAGUAUCCUGCAGACCUGCCUCCCAGUGUGCUCUCCCCGCUGCUGACGGACGCCGCCGUGCGGCUGCUCAGCGAGGUCGUCGACCCCGAGGAGGACCAGCUGUGGAGGUCUCUGGGAGACGCCUGGAACUUCCCCAGGUCCAGAUGGCCGGACGACAACGUCCCACCUUACAUCCCAAUGUUCUACGACGGCUGGCAGCCGCCCGCCCCGUCUCGCAGGUCUCCCCCACCCUCUUAUCAGAACGGACCAAUCAGCAGGAGCACCAGCCAGCAGUUCCCACCCAGCCCCCGUGAGCCGCCCCUCUACAUGCGGGUCAUUUACGACUUCAUGGCCAGGAACAGCCAAGAGCUGAGCAUCAUGAAGGGCGAUGUUGUUCAGGUGGUUCAGAAAACCAAGCAGUGGUGGCUUGUUCGUAACAGCCGCGACGAGGAAGGCAACGUUCCUCAGAAUGUGCUGGAGCCGAUGAAGAGCGCCGGGCCGAUGGAAGACCUACCGCGGGACACUCGCGGCCCUGUGACCCUGGACAUGACCUCCUCAUCUGCAGAGGUCAAAGCCUGGCUGGACUACAAAGGUUUCUCUAAAAUCACUGUGACCAGCCUCGGGGUGCUGACUGGGAAACUGCUUCUGGGGAUGACCAAGGACGAGAUCAGGAUUGUGUGUCCAGAGGAAGGAGGCAAGGUCUUCUUCCAGCUCCAGGCCAUUAAAUCAGCCAUUGCACUCGCCAGCGAACCAUCGUACAACGGCCGCUACUAACACAUCAACAUCUGGAAUUAUUGUCUAAUUCAACCUUUUGUCUUAAAUUAUUUGCUUUCAGCAUUUGUUAUUUAAGAGAAAGCACUUUUACUGAAUGAAACUUCUAUAUCUUGUAUAAUUUAUCACCAGCAGCAAUAAUUGAGUUAAAUUCAUUUUAUUUUACUGAUCAUAUACUCCUAGUUAUUUCAAACAAAUUGUACAGUUUUCUUAACUGUGAUUAUUCUAAAAUGUAUGCAGAUGUUUGUUUAAUCCAGCACCAUUUUCUGCUUAAUAACUACAGUUACAUACUGUAAAGAUACUGUACACUCUUCUGCUGCAUUAACUUAUACCCUGUAUUAUAUUUUCUUUUAAUUGAUGCUUAGUUGUCAUGUAUCUUACAGAAAGUGAAAUUGAAUCCCAAGCAAAGUCGGUACAAGAUUUAUUUUGAUCUGUGCAAAAGAAUCUUUCAAUUGUAACAAGUAAAUUAAGUGCUUUAAGUCAAAUUAAAGUUUCUACAAGAUAUCAAAA